AUGUCAUUACCCACGUCAAGGAUGCUCCGCCUUCUAACCGAGCUGCUUCUGUCACACAUCAUCCUGGGUGUCGUUGGAGAAGCUCGUCUCCGCGAGCUUUCCAUCUCUAAGCCUGGCCCCUGGGCAGGCCACCGCAUUUUAUGCUAUGGAGACUACUGUUGGGGAUUUCCUGCGGGCGUUGAAGAAGACAUAUCGGCGCAGAUAACGGCCCACACAGGUCACGGAGGGGAUUACGCGCCUUAUUUUAGCGCGUGCGUCGACUAUACUUACAAGCGCGCCGGGUCCCACAACCUCGAACUCCGGUUUCGACCCCUAUCCUCAGCGGACCGCAAAAGGGUACACACCUUCAUAACCGCAAACUCCGAUAUCGGGCUUAGACUCGACAUCUAUGCUAGAGACUUGAUGCUCUGCAACCUGUCAAAGGGAGAGUAUGUUAGGAACGAUGCGUGCAUGGAGCUCAACAAAAUUGAUGGCGACGACAAGACGGAAACGGAAGUGGACCUCGGCCUGAAUCUGUUUUCCUGCAGCUGUCGGUCCACGGACAACUCCUGCUCCAUGGCGCAGAGCAUAUCGGAUCGACUUGUGACGGGACCGUGGGCCGGCGACCGGUUCGAGAUCGUUCCUAAGGAGAGGAUGGAGCGCAACACUGAAUGGAAGGACAUUACAGAGGAAGCUAUAGCUUUGCUUCGUGAAAUUUACGAGAGCGAGCGUUGA